UGUGUGUGCAGCUGUUUGCGGACCGAACCCGAGUGUCAGCGGCACUGUGAGCGGGGUGCAGCCGGCUGGCCGCUGUGUGUGAGAUACUGACUGAGCCCGUUGUUUCAGGCCCGCCGUCAUGGACACUCUGUCUGAAGCAAAUGGCACUUUUGCCAUAAACCUUUUGAAAAAGCUGGGUGAAGACAAAUCGAAAAACGUGUUUUUCUCGCCCUUCAGCAUCUCCUCUGCCCUGGCCAUGGUCCUCGUGGGGGCAGAGGGGAACACCGCGGCCCAGAUGGUCCAGACACUUUCUUUAAGUAAAAGCAGUGGCAAAGGUGAUGUCCACCAGUGUUUCCAGUCACUUCUCGCCGAGGUUAACAGGACUGGCACACAGUACUUGCUUAGAACUGCCAACAGGCUCUUUGGAGAAAAGUCUUAUGACUUCAGCUUGUCUUUCAAAGAUUCCUGCCACAAAUUCUACCAAGCAGAGAUGGAAGAGCUGGACUUCUUCAAAGCUGCAGAGGAGGCCAGGAAACACAUCAACACCUGGGUGGCGAACAAGACCGAAGGUAAAAUUACAGAGGUGCUGUCUGCAGGUUCCGUUAACCCAGGCACUCCUCUGGUUCUCGUGAACGCCAUCUACUUCAAAGGGAACUGGCACAGUCAGUUUAACAAGGAGCACACCCAGGAGAGACCGUUUAAAGUCAGCAAGAAUGAGCAGAAACCUGUGCAAAUGAUGUUUAAGAAAUCUACCUUUAACAUGACCUACAUCGGAGAAAUAUUCACCAAGAUUCUGGUGCUGCCCUACGUGGGCAGAGAGCUGAACAUGAUCAUCCUGCUUCCCGAUGAGAACGUCGACCUGGAAACGGUGGAGAAGCAGCUCACCUAUGAGAAAUUUGCAGAGUGGACCAGGCCCGACAUGAUGGACGAAGAGGAGGUGGAAGUGCUCCUCCCGCGGUUCCGGCUGGAGGAGAAGUACGACAUGAAGGACGUCCUCUGCUCGCUGGGCAUGACCGAUGCCUUUGAGCAGGACAGGGCAGACUUCUCCGGGAUGUCGUCGGGGAGGGACCUGUUUCUGUCCAAGGUCGUGCACAAGUCCUUUGUGGAGGUCAACGAGGAAGGCACGGAGGCCGCGGCGGCCACGGCGGCCAUCAUGAUGCUCCGCUGCGCCCUAAGGACGCCCAGGUUCUGUGCCGACCGCCCCUUCCUCUUCUUCAUCCAGCACAGCAAGACCAGCAGCAUCCUGUUCUGUGGCCGCUUCUCCUCCCCUUAGGAAGCCGCCGGCAGGCAAGGCCCCCUCCCGCCGCCUCUGACCCACUCUCCUCUCACACCUCAGUGUGCCUGAGCUCAAAGGGACCUUUGGUGACCGUCAAAAAUAAAGGGCCUGAUUUUGAA